AUGAAGCCAGUGCUGCUGAUCAGAUUCACUCAGCUGAGAUCUGUCAUUGAGAAAUACAGCUUUUACGGUUUACAGAUCAACGAUUUAGCUGCAGCUAUGGAGCCUACAGCCACUUUCAGAAGUGAUUUCAACUCAAGAGAAGAUUACUCAAAGGAUUACAUGAAUCUAAGCCACAAGGUGAGAAAACCGAUUGUGGAGAAGUUGCGCAGAGAUCGCAUCAACAACAGCAUCGAGGAACUCAAGGCUCUGCUGGGUCCACAGCUCCAGAACCAGCAGCCCGAGUCCAAGCUGGAGAAAGCCGACAUCCUGGAGAUGACCGUCUGCCUCCUGAGACAGCGACUCCAGCAGCAGCAUCAGCAGCAGACGGUGCCCUUCUCUGGUGGUGCUGUCAAGGGAGCAGCCAUUCUUGAACAGGAAGGUCGCCAGCCUUUUGUCAAUAACAUGAUGAAGACACAGUCCCAUGCUACAGGGCUGAGCCAUAUCCAGUCACCAAAGCCAUGUUUUAGUGGUACCAUGAAACAGCCGGUCUCUCCACUGCAGUUCAUUGAGAGGGGCCCAAACAAGAGCUCCCCCUGGAGGCCGUGGUAG